CCGGUUUGUUGGGUUUGCGCUUCGGAAGCAAACACUAACCAGCGCCCACCUCCAUUUGCAAAUUUGGUGCAUCAAGUGAUGAGCGCGCCAGAAUCAGUCGUGCGCGUUACCAAUGUACCAGCAAUUCACAAUGCACCUCUUCCUGCUGAGGGGAACGGUUCCUUCUCAAAUUACCACCUGGCAGCACUUGUCCUUGGCGUGCCAUGGGUCGUCAAACGCCUCCUUCCACUUUUGAAUAGAGGGGGCUUUUGCACUUACUGGUUCCUCGUCCUUCUCCUCAGUCUGCCCAUCACCAUCGCGUACUGGGCUCUCAUGAGCCACUAUGGACCGCGUAAAAAUGAGAAAGUGAAACUCCCUGGGAGGCCUGCAGGUUUUUACUACGAUAUAAAGGACCCUGAUCUCAAACAUCAGUGGGGAUUCACUGAUGCCAAGAUUCCGAUGCAAAUUUUUCAUGAUGCGUACAUUGAGGGGAAAAUCGACAUCAAAGGUGAUGUUUUGGAAGCGCUGGAGUAUCGUUGGGAUUGGGCGUCAUUCGGCUUCACCGUUGAGCUAUUUAAAUACGUUUUCAUGAAUCUCAUUCCGGAUGUCAUCUUCCACACCCGGGGGCAAGACGAGUCGCAAGUCAGGGAUCAUUAUGACCGUGGCAACGAUUUCUACUCUUGGUUCCUUGGACCGCGCAUGAUCUAUACUUCAGGCAUUGUCAAGGAUAUCACGCGCGAAGAGACUCUCGAGGAGCUUCAGGAUAAUAAACUGACUCUCGUCUGUGAGAAACUUGACCUUAAGUCUGGUGACCGGCUUUUGGACAUUGGCUGUGGAUGGGGGACUUUGACUGCUUUCGCAGCAAAGAACUACGAUAUCGAUGCCACUGGUGUUACGAUCGCGAAAGAACAGACGGCUUUUGGUAACGAGAGGAUAAAAAAUAAUGGACUAGAUGACAGUCAGGCCCGGGUCCUUUGCAUGGACUACCGUGAUAUUCCCAGGGGCAAGAAAUUCAACAAGAUAGUCUCCCUUGAGAUGGCAGAGCACGUAGGCAUUCGCCGAUACAACACAUUUUUACGUGAGGUCUAUGAUCUCCUGGACGACGAUGGUAUCUUCGUGCUUCAGGUUGCGGGUCUCCGCCCUACCUGGCAAUAUCAUGAUCUUGUCUGGGGUCUCUUUAUGAACAAAUAUAUCUUCCCGGGUGCAGAUGCCAGCUGCGCAUUGAACUGGGUCAUCGGUCGUCUGGAGGGAGUGGGCUUUGAAGUCAAAUCCAUCGAUGUCCUUGGUGUUCACUACUCAGCCACCAUUUGGAGGUGGUAUAAGAACUGGCUUUCGAAUGAAGAGAAGGUCGUUGAGAAAUACGGAAGGAGAUGGUUCCGUCUCUGGACGUUCUUCCUAGCGUGGUCCGUUAUCGUCGCUCGGGAGGGCGGCUCGUCCGUUUUCCAAAUUACGUUGCACAAAAACCUUAAUGCGUAUCACCGUAUUGAGGGAGUCCCAAGUCACACUUCAUUGCAUGGUGUGCCCCCAAGGGAGGUCGCCCCUAUCGUUUAGACAAAUAGCAUGGCCAAAUCCCCAGCGCUUAUGGUUGAUUUUGAUUUAUGUGAUUUGUUACUCAUCUCAUGGAUAUACAUCUUUUCACCUGAUCCGCUGCCUAUUUAUUGCCUGCAAUCAUUUCC